UAGCUUGGCCUGGGAUGUCAAGCAUUUGGCAGCAUUUUCGAGGGAUCGAAACUGGAGGGGUGGAAAAGGAGGAAAGGAUCUGGUUUUACCGAAGCACUUCAGGUAAUUACGCAGCGCACACAAGUCAGCAGGUCAGUCGGUGGACCAACAGGUAACUAAGCGCCCCAGAUAUAAAUAAUCCUGGCCAGGCGCAACAGGACAUCAUUCACGGCUCAAGCUGCCAAGCAGUCACAGCUCGCUCUGUCACUUACAGUUCAACAAGCCUUAGCCAAGCCAUAAGAUACAAUAUCUGUGAAAUGGAAAGCCAACGUAAUGCCAACGCCAACCACCGACGCGGAGUCCGUCCGAGCGUGGGCUAUUUGCUGUUCCAGUACCAGAGCGAACUGACCCGCCGUCAUGCGGAACCCACGCGGCUGUCCCGCACCAAGAUACACAUAAUCGAUGGCCUGGUGUCCCGCACCAUCCGCCACAUGAAGCACUGCAGCAUGGACGAUCUGCGGGCCUGCAAGCGGGAGCUCGUCUACAAGGAGCAGCUACGUGAUCAGCUCAGGAACAUGCGACGCAAGCGGUCCUCCUCCGCCAGCAACAGCAAAAACACAGACAGUUCCUCGGAGAAUACCGCCCCCGUUGUGAGUGUCAAGGCGCCGAGUACUCCACCUAAGCCCCGCUCCUCCACCGGCCGAUCCUCCAAAAUGGACAUCUUCGGGCCGGAGAUCUUCGUCUAAGUCAAACUCACUCUAUUGCAAUUUUAAAUUCUUUAGUUACCCACUACAUUUUACCUUAAUUGUUGACGAUUAAAAAUCAGAGAACAAGAUAUUGUAUAUAAGAAAAAAAUGUAAAAAAAAAAUUGAAAACAAAAUAAAGAAAUUUAAACUAAA